AUGAAUGAAAAGGAUAGCUUUUCAAAUGUUCAACGACUUAACAGUGCUAUUAUGGCAAAAUAUGAAUGGGCAUCAUCUCGAAUAGGUAUGCAAAAAAGUGGCGAAGAAAUACAUGAUCGUCGAACGAAAACAUAUCGAAAAGCAAAUGAAUUUUUACAAGAACUUCUUCAGAAAAGAAGUGAUGGUAGUUCAAUUGAUGAUAAUGGUGCAAUUGAUCGAUAUCAUAAAUUUCUUAAAUAUAAAACAAAUUUUAAUGAUGAUGUCAUUGUUGAAGAGUUUGACUAG